CCAUAUUGGUUGGAAAGAAAAUCUUCAACACUCCGGAACCUUUAUCUGCUAGCUGUAGUUCAUCACGGACCGUUUUUUCGAGCGGCUCACUUCUGUUUGUCAUGCCGACCGAUACGAAGCGAGUUCGCGGGCCUGAUGUUUCUCAGAGCCCGUUCCUGUUCUGGUCCCGACCCGCCGAGGUCCUCCCCUCUCACGAACCCAGAGCGGACGGUCGGCAGCGGGACCAGGUGGACGUCCGGCCGAUGUUUGUCCGCUGCGGCCUGAUGAGUCAGGCUAAAGGUUCCGCUUACAUCGAGGCUGGAAACACCAAGGUGCUGUGCUGCGUUUACGGACCGCGGGAGACGGAGCGGAAAGAUGAGACUGACAUGAAGUCCGGAAGACUGACCAUCGACAUGCGCUUCGCUCCGUUUUCCUGCCCAGUGCGGGGCUCCUGGAUCCAGGGGAGCCAGGACAAGGACUUCUCUUUGAUGCUGCAGGAGAGUCUGCAGCCCGCCGUCUGCCUCCACAGGUACCCCCGGUCACAGAUUGAAGUCAACGUCAUGGUUCUGGAAAACAGCGGCUCCAUCCUGGCCCACGCCGUCACAUGUGCGUCCAUGGCGCUGGCGGACGCUGGGAUUGAGAUGUAUGACGUGGUGCUGGGAUGCUCCCUCCGUCAGGACGGCGCGUCGUACGUGGUUGACCCGACUUACCCAGAGGAGAACAGCUGGAGGUCAGGCAGCGGGGAAAAGCGAGGCGGGUUGACGGUGGCAUUCCUGCCCAGUCUGAACCAGGUUUCUGGGCUGCAAUCAGAUGGUGAGAUGGUGGAGGAGACUCUGACUGCGGGAAUUCGGACCUGCAUCGAGGGAUGUUAUAAACUAUAUCCUGUUAUCCAGCAAGCCCUGAUCAAGGCUGUUCGCAGGGCUGCUCCCCCACCAGCAGAAAGCUGAGAGACUCUCUGAACGGUCACUUUAUCUUCUCUUUAGUCUCUAUGUUUAUUAACAUCACCUGUUUUCUAUCUGUAAUGUUAUUUUCUUUUAAACAAAUAAAACAUUUUUCGACA